AUGUCCAUCAAUAAUGUUACCUUGAAGAAUGGGUAUAUGAAAGAGUUAGGUACUUCUCGUGAGUUGCCAUUUGAAUUAUUAGUUGGUGGAGGUGAAGAAUUGAAAUAUAGUACACAGACAGGACGUCAAUCACUACUGAUUAAUCUGCAUGAUAAUCAAGAUAGUAUCAUUCACAUAUCAGCAAAGGAUGGAUUUAUCUAUUUGACUACUAAGAGAUUGAUCUUUAUUACAGCAUCACAAGGAGAUAUAAACUCAUUCCUGAUUGAUUUACGAUUUGCUGAUAAAUUACAAUUAAGUCAUGAAUUGAAAUCACCCUGGUUUGGCGCCAAUUUCUGGGAAUUCAUAUUCUUUAGUAGCAAUGUUAAUGGUGCUAGUGAUGGAUUUCCAACUAAUAAAUACUUCAAGGGUCUGCUUAAGUUCAAUGAUGGUGGUUUGUUUACGUUUGUGGAGGUCUUUAAUACUGUUCUCAAUGAUAAUGUCAAUAAUACCCAUAUUGAUGAAGAGUUGCCACGCUACACUGAAUAUUGA